GCAGCCGGAAGUAGCAGUCAGGGAGAAGGAGGAGCGGCCAGAUGUAGGCCAUGCGGCUUCCUCCGUGGCUCUGCCGGCCUGGGUCCCUCCUGCGCCGGAGCCUCGGGUUCCGCAUGAGCUCUUGCCCUCCGAAGACGCAGGAAGCGGCCGGUCCAGAUAAACACCAAGACAAUGGAGGAAAAAAGAAGACAACUAUUUGCAUUGAAGGAAACAUUGCAAGUGGUAAAACUACAUGCCUGGAAUAUUUUGCUAAAAACACCAACAUUGAGGUAUUGACUGAACCGGUGUCUAAGUGGAGAAAUGUAUGCGGCCAUAAUCCUCUGAGUUUAAUGUAUCAAGAUCCGACAAGAUGGGGCAUAACAUUACAGACAUAUGUGCAGCUUACUAUGUUGGACCAGCAUAUGAGGACAACGCUUUCUCCCGUAAAAAUGAUGGAGAGAUCCAUUCACAGUGCAAAGUACAUUUUUGUAGAAAACUUGUAUCGAAGUGGGAAAAUGCCAGAAGUGGAUUAUGUCGUUUUGACAGAAUGGUUUGAAUGGAUCAUAAAGAACUUAAGUGUUUCAGUUGAUCUGAUAGUUUAUCUACAAACCUCUCCUGAGAGGUGUUAUGAGAGACUGAAAAGGCGGUGUAGGGAAGAAGAAAAAGUCAUUCCUAUGGAAUAUUUAGAAGCUAUCCAUCUACUCUAUGAAGAGUGGCUGAUUAAAAAAAACCUGUUUAAAGUUCCUUCUCCGGUGCUUGUACUGCAGGCUGAUCACGACUUAAAGGAUAUGCUGGAGACCUAUGAAGAAAACCAGGACCGAAUCCUAACACCCUACAAUAUGCAGUAUUGUCUAUAGAAACUGAUUUCUUGUGUUAUGAAUGGUUUAGUGCAGGUAUGGGCAAAUUUGGGCCCUCCAGGUGUUUUGGACUUCAACUCCCACCAUUCCUAAC